AUGCAAAAGCAAUUACAGGAAUAUACAGAAAUUAAUAAGAUCAUUCCCUCAACACAGUAUAGAUUCAGACCUGGCCAUGGUUGCUGCACAGCCUUGCUCAACAUCACUGAUGACAUUUUUAAGUCUGUUGAUCAAGGCAAUUUGACUAUUUUGACCCAGCUAGACUAUAUUAGGGCUUUUGAUUCGAUCAAUCAUCAGCUUUUGAUCGUUUUUUUGCAUUAUGUGGGUCUGUCUCAGCCAGCGAUAAAUUUAUUGGCUGAUUAUAUCGGGUCGAGAUCACAGGCUGUCAGAAUUGAUGGCAAUUUGUCUUCGUUUUUAGGUUUAGAUAGUGGAGUCUAG